AUGAGAUAUUCUCUCCUUGGUAAUGGAAAGCGAAUGUGCCCAAUUUUAUGCAUUGCUUCAUGUGAGUUAGUAGGAGGAGAUGAAGAACUAGCAAUGCCACUGGCAUGUGCUCUAGAGAUGGUUCAUGCCAUGUCACUAAUCCAUGAUGAUCUCCCUUGUAUGGACGAUGAUGAUCUUAGACGAGGCAAGCCCACAAACCAUAAAGUAUUCGGUGAAUGUAUUGCAGUUCUUGCAGGUGAUGCACUCCUAUCGCUUGCCUUCGAGCACAUAGCUAGCAAGACCAAGAAUGUUUCGCCGGACAGAGUGGUACGAGCCAUUGCUGAGCUUGGUUCAGCUAUUGGGUCACGAGGUGUAGUAGCAGGCCAGGUUGUGGACAUUGACAGUGAAGGAAAAGAAGUAAGCUUGAAGACAUUGGAGUACAUUCAUGUCCAUAAAACAGCAAAGCUUGUAGAGGCAUCUGCUGUUUGUGGGGCAAUAGUGGGAGGCGCAGAUGUUGCAGGUAUUGAGAGACUCAGAAAAUACGCUAGGUCUAUUGGGUUAUUGUAUCAAGUGGUGGAUGAUAUAUUAGAUGUAACCAAGUCCUCGGAGGAGCUAGGAAAGACAGCCGGCAAAGAUCUGGCAAGUGAUAAGGCUACAUAUCCCAAGUUGAUGGGCAUCGAGGAGGCCAAGAAAUUUGCUGCUAAGUUAGUGUACCAAGCAAACGAAGAGCUUGCUAGCUUUGAUUCUGCUAAGGCUGCCCCAUUGUACCAUUUAGCUAAAUACAUUGUUAGAAGACAAAAUUAG